AUGGCAACGACCCAGCAGAUGCCAGAAUGUACCAUGCGAGGAGCUAGGAAGGCCCAUUUCUGGAAGUGCCAGAACAGGCCUUUCCAGUCUCUGCAAUGGGGCGAUCCGGGCUUCUUCUGGGUUGUCGCCAUGGCCCUGAUGGGCCACGGCAGAGGAUGGAAAGUCACAUUCUGGCACUUCCAGAAAUGGGACUUCCCAGCCCCACCCACAGUACACAUGGGUGUCUCCUGGGUCAUCGCUAUGGUAACAACACAGCAGAAACCCGGAUUGGUUCCCUUUGCUCAUAAUGUGCCUCAUAUAGAAAAAGCACCCCGGUACUACAAACUUUGGGAUAUUAACCAGAAGUUCCUCUACCUGAUCAACAACAGCCUAGUAGCAAGCCCAAGUAAUUCCGCUAUGCCAGAUCAGCUCAUGACUGUGCUCCCCAAUAAUGCUCUAGAUCCAAAAAAACCACCAAUUUUUAUUGGUCUUAAAGGUGGACAGCCCACUCUCUCCUGUGUGAAAUCUGAUGAUGGCCAACCUCAGCUAAAAUUAGAGGAGAGACACAUCAUGGACCUCUACAAGAAUCCUGAGAAACAAUCGAGUUUCACGUUCUACAGCAAGACUGAUGGCAGCUCAGAGACUUGCAGCUUUGAAUCGGCAGAGUUCCCGGGUUGGUUCCUAAGCACUUCAUCUGAGCUAAACAAGCCAGUUGGUCUCAGUCGUCCAGGAUUCUCUGAGAACACUCUCUUUUAUUUUGAAACGAAGUCCGAUUCUGUAGUAGGAGCAUUGUUUUAA